AUGUCGCUAACGCACCAACAACAACCGGCCGCUCAUCAGCCGCCGACUUUUACAUACGCCGCUGCAGGAUAUCCACAGUCUUCAUCUCCACUCGCGAUAAAAAGCGAAUCCGAUAUCGAGCGUCCCGCUGAAUACGACUCGGUGGCCCCGUUGGCUUCCGUCUCUGGAGCUGCCCCGACGCUCCAUUAUCCCGCUUCUUCCCUUGGCAGCUCGACUUUGAUGCCUGGAAGUGCCACGACGAUGCUUGCGAGUGCUACUGAUUCCGCUUCCGCCACUGCUGCAACUUCACAUAUGAGCUCGUACGGUGCUGCCUUGAGUUCGCCAACUGCCGCUGCUGCUGCAUACGGUUCUGCAGCUGGCAUCGGCGCUUAUUCUGGUGCUUAUUCUUAUGGCUCUUUGGGAGCUGGCAGUUCCGAUGUCUGGACUGGCGCUGGCGUCUCUGCUCCAGGUGCUUACGGCUCCGCCGCUACAGCUGGCUACGGCGCGUCUCCAUAUCCGGGUGCCGAGGCUUACGGAUCAGCCUUUGGCGCGCAAUACCCAUACGGCGCAUACAACGACAUGUCCGACGGUGUCCGGCGCAAGAAUGCAACGCGCGAGAGCACCAAUACGCUCAAAGCCUGGCUCAAUGAGCACAAGAAGAAUCCUUACCCGACGAAGGGGGAGAAAAUCAUGUUGGCGAUUAUUACGAAAAUGACUCUUACACAGGUUUCCACCUGGUUUGCUAACGCCCGGAGACGAUUAAAAAAGGAGAACAAAAUGACUUGGGUCCCGAAAAACCGAGCGACGGAUGGAGAAGAUGACGAAUCAAACGGUCUUGGCGACGAAAAUGAAAAGGAUGCCGACAAAGACGAUUCCGUCGCAUUCUCCCACGACAAAGACAGCGAAAAAGUCGAAUUCUCCGCAACCGAGCCCUACGAAUCCGCUGCUGGACCUGGUGCCCUCUCAUCCGAUCCCGCCACCACUCCCGUCGGACUUGCUCACCCCCACGCAAGUGCUGCUGCUCCCGUUUCCAGCGCCAGCAACCCGUAUGCUUCUCCCGUUUCCGGCCUCCAAAGCUGGGUCAACAACCAGUUCGCGACAAGCACUCCUACCAGCAUCGGCGCCGCUCCAGAUGGGCAGGUGAAAACUGAGUCGCCGGGUCAAUCAAGUGACAGCAAUACGCUAAACACGACUGGAGAACACUCCCGAAAUACACCCGAUGCAGUUUCUGGUCUUUCGAGCAGUAGCUACACCGCCUCCAGCGCUACUGCCCAAGGCGGGUUAACUGCCCUCCACCAUCCAUACGCCCUCGGUGCUUAUUCCGACCCCUCCUUGGCCAGUUACUACCAGAGCUACUAUCCAGUCUCCAGCGCCGCCAUGGGAGCAGCCACCGACCCCGCUAGUUACUACAGUGCCAGCCACAGUCAAGCCGCAGCAGCCAGCGCCCAGCAGAGCUAG